UCAAAUCUGGACAAAAAGUUGGACGCCUUCAGCUUUUUGAGAUUACGCAUAAGAAGAAAGAUGGAUCUCCUAUGACAUCCAAAGCUGGAGAAAUUAUGGAGAAACUAAAGGAGAAGAAGGCAGAAUAUGAAGCGAUUGCUUCGACUGAUAGUUCUGUUAAUCUUGAGAACAUUGAUAACAGAAUUAUCACUGAAGUUUUGGGUCCUGAAAGGUACGGUCGGGUUCGAUUUCAAGGAUCUGGUGUUAGCCCAACCCAAUAUUUUGGAUCCGGCUCCCAGCAAUACAUGCCUUCCGGAAGUCAAGCUCAAGCUGAAGUUCAGAGGUUAAGAGACCAGAUAGCUCAGAUGCAAGCGAACACGGUUGAGCAAAUUUCUGAGGUUCAACGAAAAUAUGAAGAACUCCAGCAACAACUUAGAGCGGAGGCAGCAGAAAGGGAGGCAGCAAUAGCAGCGAGGGAGGCAGCAGCAGUAGUGAGGGAGGCCGAGGCACGAGCGAGGGAGGCAGAGGCAGCAGCGAUGGUAGCAGAGCAGAGCAAAAAGUACGAUGACCUCCAGCUACAACUUCAGCAGAUGAUGCAGAUGUUUUAG